AGCUUUGCUUCACAGUAGCCGGACAAGAAAACACGGAGGGACUGUGCUAGAUCCUGUCUCAGGAAACACGCUACCAAAUUCCCCUCAGAGUUGCUCCAUGCAGUCAGCUGUUACGAGAACUCCUGGGUAGUUGGGGGGAUGGUGGAUUCCUAGCUGUGAUCCAUAGACAUGUGCUGACCAAGGAAGGGAAUGUUUUACCUGCUGCUAUGCCCUUCGGCUCCACUGAGAUGAUCCCAGGAGAAUUAAAAAGCGGAUGACGGUGUGAGCCAAGGGAAUUCAACGUUUGGGCCAAGAUAUCCUCCCACUAAGCCAAUAAAAAAAAAAACAGUUCUAGUUUAGAUUUUCUUUUAAAAACAUAAUCCACAGCGAUGUCGACGCCAGGACCGAUAUGGGCUUGCCUGACUCUGAUGUUGGUGGGAAGCUGCAGUGCCCACAGUCUGUUUACCUGCGAGCCCAUCAAAGUGCAUCGGUGCUCGGGGAUGCCUUACAACAUGACUUUCUUUCCCAACAUGAUGGAGCACUACGACCAAGAUAUCGCAGCCAGCAAUAUGGAGCCAUUCAUGCCCCUGGCAAACCUGCGCUGCUCUCCAGAAGUCCACCACUUCCUGUGCCAAGCCUUUAUCCCAGCAUGCACCGAGGAGAACAAGGUGAUCCGUCCGUGCAGAGAGCAGUGCAAGACUGUUCUGUCCGACUGCGAGGAGAAUAUCCGAAUCUUUGGCAUCAGCUGGCCUCCUGAGCUACAGUGUGACAAAUUGGACCCAUGUAGCUCUCCUCUUGAUCCAGAACUUCCCGCAACAACCCCAGUAAGCUCCUCCUCAGCUAAGAGGGACCUCGGCUUCUGGUGCCCGCUGCAGCUGAAGACCAAACCAGGCGUUGGAUCAUCGUUCCUGGGUGCAGAGGACUGUGCUCCGCCUUGCUCCAACAUGUACUUCAAACCCCACGACAUCGAGUUCGCUAAGAAUUUCAUCGGCGUUUGCUCCAUCGUCUGCCUCGGUGCCACGCUCUUCACCUUCCUAACUUUCCUCAUCGACGUGAAGCGUUUCCGCUACCCGGAGCGGCCCAUCAUCUUCUACGCCGUGUGCUACAGCUUUGUGUCGCUUAUUUACUUCAUCGGCUUCCUGCUGGGGAACAAUGCAGCCUGCACUAAAGCAUCUCAUCCUGCCGGCGUGGAGACGGUGGUGCUGGGCUCUCAGAGUAAAGGCUGCACUCUGAUCUUCAUGCUGCUCUACUUCUUCUCCAUCGCCGGGAACGUCUGGUGGGUCAUACUCACCAUCACCUGGUUCCUGGCAGCCGGACCCAAGUGGAGCUGUGAGGCCAUAGAUAAGAAAGCGGUGUGGUUCCACUCUGCUGCCUGGGGGAUCCCCGGGGCCCUGACCGUGAUGCUGCUGGCUCUAAACAAGGUGGAAGGGGACAACAUCAGCGGGGUCUGUUUCGUGGGGCUCUACGACCUGGACGCCCUCCGCUUCUUCGUGCUGGCUCCCCUGUGCGUGGGCGUCAUCAUCGGCCUCUGCCUCAUCCUGGCGGGCAUCGUUUCUCUCAACCACGUCCGGCAGGUCAUCCAGCACGACGAGCGCAACCAGGAGAAGCUGAAGAAGUUCAUGAUCCGCAUCGGCGUGUUCAGCUGCCUCUACCUGGUGCCCCUGGUCACCCUGUUGGCCUGCUACACCUAUGAGCAGAGCCACCGCAGCACCUGGGAGAACACCUGGAUCAACGACCGCUGCCAGGAGUACAGCAUCCCCUGCUCCUACAAGACAACCGAACACGACCGCCCAGACCUCUCCCUGUUUCUGGUCAAAUACUUAAUGACUCUGGUGGUUGGAAUAUCUGCAGUGUUCUGGGUGAGCAGUAAGAAAACGUGCUCUGAGUGGGCCUUCUUCUUCAACAGGACGCGCAAGAGAGAUCCCAUCAGUGAGAGCCGCCGGGUGCUGCAGGAGUCCUGCGAGUUCUUCCUCAAGCACAACAGCCGUGUGCAGCACAAGAAGAAGCACUACAACCCCAACUCACACAAGCUUAAAGUCAUCUCCAAGUCCAUGGGCACGAGCACCGGCGCUGCAUCCAACGCUGACACAGCAACCCAUCAAGGAACCUCUGCGCUGGGAAAUCACCAUCCCAGGAUACAUGGUUCUCAGUCCGAGGCCUCAGGCAGGGAGCACCUGGACAGGGGCACCUCCAGCCGGAGCUCCAGGAGGGGGGAGAGGGAGAGGGAAGGCGGAGAGAGACGUAGCAAAGGGGGCAGCUCCUGUAAGAUGAGCAGCCGCUCAGAGAGCAUGCACAGAGUCCCAGAUGGAAGAAUGACUCCAAGGAGCGAAGUGUCAGAGGUCAGGCACGUCCCCAGUGGACAGCAGCGUCCGACUCUAAACCAAUCACACAGCAGCAUCAAGGUUUCCACCCCCCAGCUGGCAAACCAGGUGCCGGAGGACAGCAAGGAAACAAAGGACAGCUCCUGCUGAGACAUCUGACCCCCACCCAAAUGUACCCGUGCAUCCAUCCAUCCAUCUAUCUAUCUAUCCAUCCAUCUAUCCAUCCAUCCAUCCAUCCAGGCACACUUGGUGCUGUUUCAUGUAUCCGUUUCAAAACAUUUUUGUGUUGUACAUCAAAAAAUGAUUGUAUUGGUUAUAUUGUAGACAAUGAAUUUUCAAAUCGAGCAAAAUGUAACCUACCUUGAGAAUUUCACGUGUGGUAAGUUUGGACCAGAGUUUUAGCAGUUUAAAGGCGUUAGAUUACUGAGUGUAUUUCAGCUUUACUGAGCUUUUGUUCUUUCACCUGAAUGUUGCAGCAGCACAGCUAUGAUCUACUUAUACACCACCAAGGGUCUUUUUAUUUGAUAGUAUGCAUAAAAAACAUGAGGACUACUGUUUAGUGGAUUUGUACGUCAAUGGAAUAGAUGCAUUUUGAAAAACAAAUGCAAUAUUUAUGUAAAUAUUGUAUUUUUUAGACAUGAAGUCUUUCACUGGAAUAGUCGUUACACUGAGAGCUAUUUUAUGAACGUUCGAUGAUAUUGCCAAACAUUCAACUUAAGUACUUCCUGCGGUAAACUGUUUUAAUGAAUGUCUUACUAGUCGGUUUGUCUUGAAACCUCAUCUUGUCAUUUCCAUUAUUACUGCUUUGAUAAAAGGCAGACUCUUAUACUUGGUAUAGGUGAUUUUUAGACAGUGUUGAAAUGUUAUGUUUUCUAUCAAAGACUGUACAUUCACUUGAUGCUUGUUUCUGUUGUACUUAUUGCGUCUUCAAAGAAGUGUCCUGUAAGUUUGGAUAAAGUAUAGCUUUAUAGUUUUCUACAAGAAUGUGUGACUUUUUCAAAAAACUUCAAAGAGCCUACAGAUGUUUUGCUUGUGUGAUGUCUACCUGUGUUCUCGGUCUGGUUGUAAAUUCGUAUGAUUUAGAAUAUUGAGGAGAGAAAUCAAACAGACUUUUGCACUAUUCGUCAAACCACUAUUAAUUAGGUAUGAAAGUCGUAAACAAAAUGAGAAAAAGACAAUUUGGGGCGUUGUUCUGGGGUUAUUUAUAACAUAUUGCCACAGACCAGAUCCUUCUCCUUUAAGUACUUCCAGACCAACCUCUGUGUUUUAUGUGAAAUCCCUCCUGUGUAUUUUGCUGUGUAAGGGUUUUAUACCUUUUAUAUAUGGGAGUCAACUGUUCCAAAAACAGCAAUAUAAAAGGGAAUCUUUGUCAGUCCCUUUCUUUUGUACCUGUGUAUUCUUAUUCUGGCAUGUGAAUGGGGUCUUACUGUAGUCAACAAAAUGCUGUUAUAUGACUUUUGUGAACUAUUUUUACUUUUUUAUGUAGCCAUCUUGUCAGCAGAAUUUUGUAUCAAUCCAAUUUAAUUUUAAUAAAAUAUAAUUGAAUAAAUGA